AUGAACAAAAGGUUAGCAGGGAGGCUAAUGAGCUUGCUAGUAAUGACUAUUCAUAGACUUUGGCAUUAAUUCUUGUAGCUGAUUUAAUAGUCAGUUAUUCUUUGAUUUUUACAUGAUAUCCUAGUAAAUUUGGCUCACUUGGGUUAUCGCCACUUGGGCUCUUUAUAUUUUUACUUUAUCAACUGUCGGUGUCUCUUUCUGUGAUAUCUCAUUUUAAAUGUAUGUUUACCGACCCUGGAAAAACACCAAAAUAUCCUGUCCCUGGGGAUAUUCCUCUUGAGAACGUCAAAUAUUGUGCUGACUGUGAACAAUGGAAACCCCCAAGGACCCAUCAUUGUAGGACUUGUAAAAUCUGCUACCAUAAGAUGGAUCAUCAUUGUCCUUGGGUUAACAAUUGUAUAGCAGUCAAUAACCAAAAAUAUUUUAUUCUUUUCUUGUUUUAUAUUUCAUUUGCAUCUUUAUUGACGCUGAUUAUUAUUGGAAUGACUAUUUAUGAGUACCUUUGUUAUGAAGGAAGUGUCAGAUUUGACGUGAUGAAAUGUUUUUUUACUGUUUUGGUUGGGUUUGAAGCGAUUAUAUUUUUGAUAUUUACUGGAGAUUUUCUGAGAGAGCAGCUGCAAUUAGUUUUAGAUAAUCAGACGACGGUGGAAAGCUAUCAAGAUAGGUAUGGAAUUCCUCAUUCAGUUAUAAAAUGCUUAAGCGAAGUCUUAGGGAAAAACUCUUGAAUGUGGCUUUUACCUGCUUUUACAUUAAAAUGGUGUUGUGACCAUUAUGGAUUCUUGAGAACUGUAGUCUAGAGGUUUCGAUAGAUUCUCACUAUUAUUAAAUUAUUUAAUUUCAUAAUUAUUUAAAAUUUUCUUUGAUCAGGAGAAAGCGAGAUAAUGGUUUUUAGUGUAAAUUGGCUACCUAGCUAUUUUUUAGAAUCAGCGUGAAGUCAGCGUAAAAUAGUGUUAAUAUAGUGUGUUAUUGAUUUGGCAGUAGUGUAAGUAGUGUGUGCUGUGUGCUCUUCGAAGUGCUUAUAUGUGCAUUUUUUGGGUCUCGCUCAAGCAGUUGGCGUGAAAUCUGGGUAAAUGCAUGUGAACAGUAGUGUGUUUUCUGCCUGCUGUGUGACUUUUUUUUCUCACCUGCACUUCUGGUGGUAAAAACGAACAGAAAAUUCGUUUUUACAAUUUUUUCUGGAGCAUGCCCUGUUGAUAAUGGACAGCAUGAUGAUCCAGUAUCUCUAACUCUCAGACAGCAAAUGCAGCCCCCGGAACGCUAAGUCCGGACUGGCAAGUGAUGGAGUGGAUGCAAAUAUUUAGUAGUAGUUUGGACCUACAAGGGUAUUCUCUAUAAUUAAUUUAAGUUUAAGACUGUUACCUGUUUCUCCCUCAAUUGAUAUUAAUUAUUUAGAGCCUUGCUACUCCUAUGAAGAAAGAAUGGAAAUGUUGGGGAAGUCAAGAAAAGAUUAA